AUUAGGAUGGAUAUACGGCGGGUGUUUUGUUUGCUUUGUAUAUUCGCAGUGACUGUCUGUGGUCAGCGGUUUAAAUACGACCGGUACAGUUCGUCUCUAGACGAAUUGAAAAACUUUGCUGAACUAGCAGCCAAUGAGAGGAGUUUCACCACGUUUAGACUACCGAACACGUCCUAUCCAACGCAGUACACCCUCUAUCUGGAUACUAACGUUCAUUUGGGUGAUUUCCAGUACAGCGGAAAAGUGCAGAUACAGAUCAGCACCACACAGGACAUCAAACAAAUUGUGCUGCACAGCUCUGGGAUUGAAAUAGACAAACUGCAGCUCUUAAACAGCAAUCAGCUGAAUCAGCCCCUGGCUGGCUUCACUUUUGAUGAAGAGAAGGAGUUUUUGGUUAUCAACACAUUAGCUACACUGCCGGCGAACACCCGCUAUGAAUUAGUUAUUGAGUUCCGCAACCAACUAGGCACCGAGUUAACCGGUUUCUAUCGAUCUUCAUACCUGGCAGAAGACGGUACCAUCAGAUACAUCGCUGUGACCCAAUUCGAAGCGACAUUCGCGAGAAAAGCUUUCCCGUGUUAUGACGAGCCAUGGAUUCGGACCACCUUCGAAAUCAGCAUCAGCUCCGGGCAGCUUUACAAGGCCACUUCCAACAUGCCGAUCGCUGGAAUUACCAUUCAGACGGGGCAGAAGAAGCUAACCCGCUUCCAAGUGACACCACAGAUGCCCACCUAUUUAGUAGCGUUCAUGGUCACCGAUUUCACCAGCAAACGUGUAAUUCUGAGGGAACCUACCCAACUUACAAUGGAGAUCAUCGCCCGACCAACCGCCAGAGACAAACUGGAUCUAGCUCUCGAUAAAGGCGUCGAAGUUAUUCGCGCGAUCGAAGAGUACUUCGAUCGAACUUAUGAUCUGCCAAAACUAGACCAGGCGGCCAUACCGGACUUCAUGUUCGGUGGCAUGGAAAACUGGGGCUUGGUAAAGUACGCCGAACGGUACUUGUUGUUCGACAGCCUGACGAGCAGCAACCUGGACAAAGAGUGGCUUGUGUCGCUCAUAACCCAUGAAUUCGUUCACCAGUUUUUCGGAAACCUCGUCACGCCGAAAUGGUGGACCGACCUUUUCCUGAGCGAAGGUAUCGCCACCCUGUACGAGUAUUACAUCAGCGCUGAAAUUGAACCCAACAUCCGCUUCAAAGAGCUGAUCGCCGUGGAAGCGGUCCAGUUUGCGCUGUACCUGGAUACCUCGGACUCGGUGAGACCGCUGUCGCACUACGUGGAAACCGAUUUGAUGACAUAUUUCGACACAAUCGCUUACCAGAAGGGGGGGAGCGUUUUUCGCAUGAUGAAUCACGCGCUAGGCGAGCGCACCUUCCAGAAGGGUCUGCAGCGUUAUCUGGCCGUCAACUCCAACACAGCGGUGGAUCCUAACGACCUAUUCGAGAGCCUACAAUAUGUCGCUCAAGAGGAGGCUGUCAUAUCAGCGAGUACCACGGUCGGUAACAUCAUGAGUGCCUGGGUUUACGAGCGCGGCUAUCCGCUGAUCACCGUCACGAGCACCCCAGACAGCAACGAGUUCGUAUUUAGACAGCAGCACUUCUCGACUGACAUUCCCGACAACCGCACAUGGUAUGUUCCAAUCAGUUACCGCAUUGGCGGCGAGACCGUUCGCGAGGAGACCGAAACUCGAUUCUGGAUACCACAGGGAACGUCCCAAGUGACCAUUGAAUUGGACAUUCCGAACGGUGAAUAUCUUCUGGUGAAUCCUCAACAAACCGGAUACUACCGCGUCAACUACGAUGCAGCUCUGUGGGAAAAACUGAUCAACAAAUUAAAAACCGAUCUAGAAGACAUCCCUGCGGUAUCCCGCUCGCAGCUGAUCGAUGAUUCGCUGAAGUUGGCCCUAGGCGGACAUCUGCAAGUAGAAACACCAUUCGAGUUAAUAAAGUAUUUGGAGAGUGAAUCUGAUUACAUACCUUGGUACAUUUUGGCAUCGGAAAACCUGCAGUACAUCAACAAGGCAUUGAUAGUCGAUGAAGCUGCGAGUAGCGCUCUGAAGGCCUUCGUAAGCUCUUUGAUGGAGCAUCUUUUCCUCGGAUUAGGCUUCGAAGAAGACACGAAUGAGCCCCAUGAACAUCAACGGCUCCGAGCAAUGGCGAUUGAAUGGAGUUGCCGCAUGGGUUCCAGCAGCUGCAGAGUUGGCGCCAAUCAACGAAUGAUGGACGAUCUGGAAGGAUCUCUAGUUCUACCUUCCUACAUCAAACAUAGUAUCUACUGUGGAGGCUUGAUGGAUGCUUCCGAAGAUGAAUUUGUUGCCGUCUUCAAUGCCUAUCAAAGUUCUACAGACCCAACCGAACGACUCCGGUACAUUUCUGACCUGGGAUGUAACGAGGACAAACUGAUUUUGGUUGACUACCUCACUAAGAUUCAUGAUCCUGGCCUAGAAACUACGGUUUAUCAGUCCGAACAACUGCCGAUUGUAAGGUCAGUUUACUCCAGAACAAACGUUGGAUAUGAAGCGUUCCAAGCUUGGUUGAAGGAGUUCAGUGAAACCAUCAUAAGUUCGUGGAUUGGACAGCAAAUGGAAUUUCACGCGAUUUUGGCAGAUGUGACAAUGCAAGAAUCUAAUCUUGAAAAUUUCGCACAGCUUAUCGCUCUAUUGCAAGCGUGGCAGGUCCCAACAGCGAGAUGAUUAUUAAAUAUGUUGAUAACUAGAAUAUGAUACUUUUGGAAGAGUAAUAAACGACAAUGAGCAAUCUAUAAAUUGAGCUGAAAA